GUGCAGUUCGAACACACUGUACACUCCAUUCUGCAGUCACAAAUGCAACUGUUAACGUCACCGUGACUGUCACCGGAAAAGUCUAGCCUCAGGCAACAGACUCGAUUCGGAGCGGCUCCCCCACAAGACUAGUGCACGCCCGGGCCGGCAAAAAAAGUUCAAGUGUAUAAUCAAGGAUAAUCGUUGUUUUAGUUAUGUGUGUCUGCCAUGUAUGACUUAUAGUAGCAUCACUACUCUUUACAACUGUCUUUCUUACUUACAGUUUCUCUCUCACGGGACAUCUAGUUGGCUCCUAUUAAGUCUAGUCUAGGGUCCACGAUUCUUCAGCAAGUGCCUACUGAUUGAGCGAGCACGUCAGCUACCUGUAGUGUUCGAUCAGACACCCAUCCGCAUAUACCACUUCACCAACAUCUAAUCCAUCAGACAAUGCUCCGCAGAGCGUCGACCGCAUCAGUAACGCUCGUUGCAAAGCGUCUAUUUCCCCUAGGAAAGAAAUAUGAUGUCGAACCAUGGGGCCUCAAAUGGAGGUCCAAUACCUUCUUCAUCAUCUUCACAAUCGGCAUGGGCAUGUUCUCUGACCUGUUCCUAUACAGCCUGAUCGUACCUGUCAUACCAUUCCUUCUACAAGAUCGCAUCGGUUCAUCACCAGACCAGCUCCAAAGUCUAACCUCGACUUUACUAUCAACGUAUGCCUUGGCGUCGAUGAUAUCAUCACCCAUAGCUGGGCUUCUGGCAGACAAAGUUGCUGAAACGCGACAAGGCCCGUUUCUGGUCAGUCUUAGCGCGCUGAUGAUGGCUACUGUGCUCCUGGCAGUCGGACAGUCCUAUCCCGUGCUUGUGAUUGCGAGACUGUUGCAGGGUGCGGCCAGUGGCUGUGUGUGGACGCUUGGUCUGGCCAUGAGUCUGGAGACAGUAGGGCCGAAGAACAUGGGGAAGGUCGUAGGCAGCAUUUUCAGUUUCCUAACCGCAGGAACUUUAUUUGCCCCAACACUUGGAGGUCUUCUCUAUGAGAAGACUGGGUACCAAGGCGUCUUUGGUGUGGCUGUCGGAGUACUGGUUAUUGACCUUGCACUACGGAUUCUAGUUGUCGAGAAGAAAGUCGCAAAACGAUUCCGCGACGCGGGCGCCUCAAGCCCUGAAAGCUCCUCGGAUGCCGAUUCCACUACCGCCGACGACGACGAGGAAACCGAAUUGAUCCCCAAGUCGCCUUCCAUCGACUACGAUAUACCGACACCCGAAUCCAAGAUCAUCAAAGCCGUACCAAUACUAGCAUGUCUUAAGAGCAUGUCUCUUAUCAUGGCUUGUAUCCUUGGUUUUGCUCAAGCUUUCUUCAUCGCGACAUUCGAUGCUACCGUGCCCAUCAUGGCGAAAGAUUGGUACGAUUUCAGCCCCCUACGUGCCGGUCUUCUGUUCCUCCCCUUGGGAGUAGCAGAUCUCGUCUUCGGUCCACCAGCAGGCUGGGCAGUCGAUCGCUACGGCACCAAGCCAGCCGCCGUCAUUGGCUUUGGCUUGCUGGGCGCAGCAUACUGCCUGCUCCGCAUACCGCAGCCCGGAGGCCCCGAACAAAUCGCAGUCUACUCCGUUCUAUUGAGCUUGUGCGGUAUUGGGCUUUCGAUUGCGGGCACGCCUUCUAUCGUCGAGGCAGGCGACAUCAUGGAAAAGUACCACAAGGCAAAUCCGGAGUUGUUUGGCGAGGACGGGCCUUAUGCACAGCUUUACGGCAUGACAUCGACCAUGUUCAGCCUCGGUCUCACGCUUGGACCAAUUGCUGCCGGGAGCCUCAAGGACUCUGUUGGAUACGCUAACAUGAAUACUGUGAUGGGAGGGUUCUCGUUCUUCAUCAUGCUUCUGUCCGGAUACUAUAUCGGUCGGCCUGUUCCAUGGCUGACAAGAUUAUGGAAGAGAAGGGAGGCAGAUCAUGUAGAAGAGUCGGAAUAAUAAUACACCUUCAUCACUAUUUCUAUAUUUCCACCUUUUCCUAGGCUUCCUUCAAUUUGACAUUUCAGCGAUUCAGGCGGUCAAGCGAGGCGUUCUCAUACAACCACUGCUCCAUUCAAAAAGCACCAUUCCCCAAAGAUAGCGUAUGUAAUAGAAUAAUCAGCACCCAUCCAAACGAC